UUCGUUUUUUUCGCUUCAGUGUCGUGUUUCUCCAUACCUCCAUGAGGCAUCAUAUGAUCGGUUCGUACGUUCAGUUCCCGCGGGAUUUCGCCAGGAAGGCCUUGUUUUGGCCGGACGGCGGCCUGAAGAUGGCAAAAGGCAAGGUGGCAAGGGUGCAAGCGCGAGGGGCGUCGAAGCGCUCGCUCGCUCUGACUUUGCUGCUGUCGUUCACAGUGGUCCUUCUGUUCUUGCUCGCUCUCGGGAUCGUGUCCCUUCCCGUGAGAAGAGAGUUUUCACCGCGCGAGGGGCCGACUCCCGUUAAUGCCAACUCCCUCGAGAGAGUUGCAUUUGGAGGGUUGGGAGAGAGAGGGAAGCAGUGGACUCAGGUGCUCUCGUGGGAGCCCCGAGCUUUUCUUUACCACAAUUUCCUGUCCAGGGAAGAGUGUGAGUACCUGGUAAGUCUAGCCAAACCUCGCAUCAGCAAGUCGACCGUGGUCGAUGGCUCUACCGGGAAGAGCAUGGACAGCGGGGUGCGCACAAGCUCCGGAAUGUUUCUCAAUCGAGGACAAGACAAAAUCGUGAGGGCAAUAGAGAAAAGAAUAGCAGACUUCACUCACAUUCCCGUGGAGCAUGGAGAAGGACUUCAAAUUCUGCAAUAUGGGCACGGGCAAAAAUACGAUGCGCAUCAUGACUACUUUUCCGACCCUUUCAACACUAGGAAUGGAGGCCAAAGAAUGGCGACAAUGCUUAUGUAUUUGAGUGACGUUGAGGAAGGAGGAGAGACGGUGUUUCCAGCUGCCAAGGCAAACUUCAGUGCCGUGCCUUGGUGGAAUGAUCUAUCAGAGUGUGGCAAACAGGGAUUGUCUGUAAAACCGAAAAUGGGGAAUGCAGUACUGUUUUGGAGCAUGAAGCCUGACGGGACGCUCGACCCAGCAAGUUUGCAUGGUGCAUGCCCCGUGAUCAAAGGGACAAAGUGGUCAGCUCCUAAGUGGAUGCACGUCUGGGAGUAUAAGGUCUAAGCCAUCGACUCAACUCAAGCAUCUCCUUUACUUCUACAUGUCUAUCAGGCAAUUUGUUUUAGCAUUCAGAGUGUAAAUUGCCCAUAUCUGUUACAUAACUUAACAGGCUCAAUUGAUUCUCAUUAUACAAUAGAGAAAAAAAUUGUUGAUGCAUUGGUUUUCAUUCCAUGAUCUGGAUAGAAGCUCGUUCUUACAGUUCAUUCAGAGCCACUGCAUCCAGAUCGCAGAGUGCAGCGAACAAUCUUUAAUCUGGUCGAUAAGUCACGGUUCAAUUCAUGCUGUACAGCUUACACCUCCUGGAGGACGGCUACUUAGCAUAACGAGACAGACCUAUUUUAAGUACGUAUGGCAUAUUCAUCAAAAGAUUCGGUAGAAUUAAACCAACUUCAAGAAAAAUCUCGCCAACCUCAUGCCUCCUUGCUCCAAAAUAAUACGAGCACUCAC